UACCUUAUAGACAUUUUUAUUUAAAAUAAUCAUUUAAAUUUUCAUGGAUACGUGAGUUAAUUUUUUAAAAUCGCACGAUGUUUACAUUUAAUCACAUUCUUCUCAGUUGAUACUAUAUAGUUAUUGUACACCAAAAAUAUAAAACAUAACGUGUAUUUAUUCCCACUAAGUGAUGUAUUUUAAUUCAUUGUUGUACAAAGUAUUUAAUCCAACUGAAGUAUGGUUAAGCUAACCAUUUAAGAGUCAACACUAUUGAAAUUAAAAAGAUGCCAUUGUCAAAUCAACGCUUGUAUUAUUCCAUGAGGCUUCUGCCUCACCAUUUUCAUUGAUUAAACAAUGUUCAUUCGCUUAGCAUGCUGUCGGCUAUUGAGGAACCGAAAGUUGAUCUAUAUUUCUAUCUUUAUUUCAUUACUGCUAUCCUUUGUGUACGUAGUUGUUGCUCCGCAUGUCUUUAAGCUUAUCCAGAAACCACCAUCAAAAACUCAAGAAGUCCAUCAAUAUGUUAUCCCUGGAGACAGUCCUAUCAUUUCAAUGGACACACACUGUACAUUCUAUAACUGUUUCAACAUAUACAGAUGUGGUCAUAAAUUUAAAGGUGGUUUUAAAGUAUAUGUUUAUCCAAUGGCCAGAUAUUUAGAUACAGAUGGCAUACCUAUUGGUGGGAAAAUUUCUAAAGAAUACCAUACUAUAAUAAGUACAAUAGUUGAGAGUCAUUAUUAUACAGCAAAUCCUGAAGAAGCUUGUGUAUUUGUGUCUUCUAUUGAUACUUUAAACCAAAACCGGUUUCGUGUGAAAGAAACUUCACAAGCUCUUGCAUUAUUACCAUAUUGGAAUGAUGGUCAAAAUCACUUAAUAUUUAAUAUGGUCCCUGGAACAGCACCUGAUUAUAAAACGGUUGUUGAUUUAUCUAUUGGUAAAGCAAUGGUUGCUGGCGUUGGUUUUAAUUCUUGGACAUAUAGAUCAUCUUUUGAUAUUUCAAUAGCAAUUUAUAGUGAUUUAGCCAUUUUAUUAAGUAAUAAUUUUACUUUCAAGCUUAGGCCAAUAUUUAUUACUACAGUUCAAACUAAUCUUCAUAAUGAUUUCUUUAUGUACUUAAAAUCAAUAGAAAAGCAAAGAUCAAUGAUUAGAGUAAUGGAACGAUGCUCAAAUGGUGAACAUAAUAAAUCAAUAAUCUGUCAUGGUAAUAUUACUUAUAACUAUGCAGACAUUUUUUCUGAUAGUGUAUUUUGUUUGAUAUUACCUGGCCCUCGAUUAAUGGAUGUAGCUUUAAUUGAAUCAUUAGCUGCAGGAUGUAUACCAAUAGUAGCUAUAAAUCAUGUCGUAUUACCAUUUUUUGAAGUUAUAGAUUGGAAACGAGCUGUAAUACUGUGGAGUGAAACUGAAUUGAAUACUUUAUUAGAUACGGUUUCUGGUAUUCCUUUAGACCGACGGAAAGAAAUGUCUGAUCAAGGACGUUGGCUUUACCGUAAAUAUUUAUCAUCACCAAAAAUAAUUACAAUGACUACUCUAAAGAUACUAAGCCAAAGACUGCACCCACAUAGCUCAGAUUUUUAUGAGGACUGGAAUUUAAGACCAUAUCAUGAAUCUGCUAGAAAUCCAUUAUUUUUACCAUAUAUGUCAGAUUCUUCAGGAUUCACUGCCAUAAUAUUGUCCUAUAAUCGAAUUGACAGCUUGUUCAAACUAAUUAAUAUGAUCAGUAAAGCACCAAGUCUACAAAAGAUUAUUGUUGUGUGGAAUAAUCAGUAUAAAUCUCCACCACACUUUUCAGUAUGGCCAAAAACAGAUAUUCCGUUGAAGAUUGUACAGACGACCGCAAAUAAUUUAUCAAAUAGAUUUUUUCCAUAUCGAGAAAUCGAAACUGAAGCCGUCUUAUCUCUCGAUGAUGAUAUACUUAUGCUGACUAUAGAUGAAAUUGAAUUUGGAUUUCAGGUUUGGAAAGAAUUUCCUGAUCAUAUAGUUGGUUAUCCAUCAAGAACUCAUGUAUGGAAUAACAAAACAAAUACUUGGAAGUAUGAAUCUGAAUGGAAAAAUGAGAUAUCCAUGGUAUUGACUGGAGCAGCGUUUUACCAUAAAUAUUGGAAUUAUGCAUAUACAUAUAUCAUGCCUAGUAAUAUUAAACAGUGGGUUGAUGAUCAUAUGAAUUGCGAAGAUAUAGCAAUGAACUUUUUAGUGUCUAAUACUACGAACAAAGCUCCAAUUAAAGUAACACCUAAGAAAAAGUUUAAGUGUCCACAAUGUAUAAACACUGAAAUGUUGUCUGCUGACCAAGGGCACAUGGCUACAAGAUCAUCAUGUAUAAACAAAUUUGCUACUGUUUAUGGUAGAAUGCCAUUAAAGGCUGUUGAAUAUAGAGUUGACCCUGUCUUGUAUAAAGACAUAUUUCCAAAGAAAUUAAAGAGGUACAAUAAUGUUGGCGAACUGUGAUCAUUGUGCUAUAUUGAAUGUUGAGACUUAUGCUCAAAACCAGUGACAUACAUUUUUUAUAGUUUUUCUUUUUUCUCUCCCGCUAUUUGCAUUUUAGUGUUGAUCUCUUGUAUAUAGAAUAUUUUAUUAAUAUUUUUCAAGUAUUUAACAUCAGGUCAUAUAUCAUUAUAUUGUUUACAAUUACUUAAUGAUAUAGUGUAUUUUUUUUAAAUUAUUUAUAUUAUAGUAUACUAUUGUAUUUGUUAAGCUUAGCAUUUAUGACUAUGUUACCAUUAAGUUGCUAAUGCAGUUUAAUUUUUCUUAUUUUGUAACUUUUUUAGUUAAAAUAUAUAUGUGUACUUGCUAAUGAUGGGUCGAACCAUUUGAAUAUACAACUGAACACCAUUUUCAGUGCUAACAAUUCUAUUAUAAUUUUAUUUAGAAUUUAAAACUUCAAUUUGAAAAACAAGAUAUAUAUUAUUUU